GCGGGUUGUAACAGCCACCUCACCUUCAUAGCUGAGCCUCAGCGGUACAGCUGCAUGAGCUGGGGUCGCUGAGUGGAAAGUCAUAAUUGCCAUGCAGGAUCCCGGUGAGGACAACGCAGGUGGCAGUACAGGGGUUGAUGAAGGCAGCGAGGAUGGGCAGCAUAGGCCUCAAGCUGCAGGUGCCCAGGCUAGCUCUCAGAGUUUGGCGACUGAGGAUGACCACGACAACUCCCCUCUUGAGAGUGGCCUACAGGAUGCAGGCAGUGAGGCUGCUCCAGGCAACUCCCGCUCAGGGAGCCCUGGAGUGUCAGGAAUGUCAGCUGAAGAGGCAGCUGUCCUUCCUCAGGAAGAGCAGGUGCCACUUCUCCCUGGGCCCAGCAGAGAUGCUGUGACAACUGCAAGUCGACUCCUGGAGUUCUCUGUGAGAGUGCCUUUCUCUUCUGCUGUGGAGGCAGACAUGGCCCGCAGGUCCCUGGUCGCCAACACCCAGCAUCAGCUCUUAAUGGUUCCACAGGAGUACACUGUGAAUGACAGUAUCUUAGCUGUUAGGUGGACUACAGAAGACCCCGUUCUCUUCCGAAUUUCCAUCAAUAACUUCCUUGAUCAACUCUCCCUGGUCAUGAGAAACAUUCAACACCUUCAGUUUGUGGCUUUUAAACGAAGAAGAGAAAGAAGUCGUAAUAACUGAUCUGUUACCUGUUACAGGACAAGACAGAAGCAUUUCAUGCUUUUGGUAAUUGUCACCUUGCUUUCAAAGUUCAAUGUUUUUGUCGCUCAUAUGCCCUCUAUAAGUCUCUUGAUAGGCUUGUUUCACUAUUGCUAAAGGAACAGGUACUUAAAUAUCUAUUGCUGAGCAAAAUACAACUGACCUACUACGAUUUUUUUGUUUGUUUGUAUGACUUAACUUUUCUUUGUCUAUGGCAGAAAUCUCUACUCUUUUUUUUUCCCUACAUGUGUGCUUCUGUGAAGAAGUUCUGGCAUUCAGAACUAAUUUAAGUUCUAAAGAUUUCUUGUGAUCUAAAGUAAUUUAAGACAGUUUAGGAAAUGGAAAAAAAAGGAAUUUAGUUAAGGCCAUUUAUUAAGCACUAAAUAUAGUAAUGUUUGAAAUAAGAAGAGUUUAAUGUGAAAAACAGUGCUUACCUUGCGAUCAGGAGAUAAUGCAGAGUACCAUUCAACAAAGAAAAAAAAUUGUGUGACUUCAUUGUUUUCUUUGACAUAUCUUUGUCCUGUUUGUUGUUGUUGUUGCUGCUGCUGUUGUUGUUGUUGCUGUCUUGGUUUUGGUGGUGGUGGUGUUUGUUUUAGAAACCUCUUCUGGUUUGGAGAGAUAGAGGACUCAUCGGUUAAGAGCACAGGCUACACUUCAUGAGGAUAUAGGUCCUGUUCCUAGCAUGCACAUGGUGACUAACAACCCUUUGUAACUCCAUUCCAGGGGAAUCCAGUGAUAUCCUCUGCACACAAGUGGUGCACAAAUGCUCAUACAAAGACCCACAUGCAAAAUCUAAAUAUUUUAUUUAGAAAUGUAUUAGCCCUACAGUUAUAUUAAUAUUCUAAUUAUAUAAAAUUGGCUUAUGAGGUUUUAAUAUUAUAUCAUUUUUUUCAGAAUGUAUAAAAAGUCCUUCAUUUUCUGAAAAUCUUUUGUUGUUGUUCUUCCAUUUAUUUUGUAAAUUAAAUCAUUGGGGUUUAUUUUC